AUGAACAUUUUCCGAGUGCUCGCCGACCUGUCACACUUGGCCUCUAUUGGGAUCCUCAUUCACAAAAUAAUCAACUCUCGCUCGUGUAGAGGUCUUUCAUUCAAGACUCAAGCACUGUAUUUGGUCGUCUUCGUCACUCGAUACCUUGACUUGUUUUCUGGCGAAUGGGUUUCGUUUUACAAUACCCUCAUGAAACUCUUCUUCAUUGGGAGCAGUGCAUACAUACUCUAUUUAAUGAAAGUCCGCUUCAAGCCUACAAGCGAUCCGUCAAUAGACACUUUCCGCCUCGAGUACAUCGUUGGGCCAUCAUUGGUCCUCGCUUUAAUUUUUAACCAUCAGUUCUCCUUCACGGAAGUCUUGUGGACCUUCUCCAUCUACCUCGAAAGCGUAGCUAUAUUGCCACAAUUGUUCAUUCUGCAGCGAACAGGUGAAGCAGAAACGAUCACUACCCAUUACCUCGCAGCACUAGGUGCCUACCGUGCAUUGUACAUCCCUAAUUGGGUAUACCGUUAUAUGACUGAGCCGCGAAAGAACUUUGAGCCUAUCUCGUUUAUAGCCGGUCUGGUGCAAACCGGACUCUACCUCGAUUUCUUCUAUAUUUAUUUCACCCGUGUCCUUAACGGCCAGAAAUUCGAGCUACCAGCAUAAACAAUUCCUGUCGUUUCUAUCCAUGAACUCGUGUGUUCGUAGGCUUUGAGGGAAUUCCUUGUCCCGUCGUUCUGCCCCACAACUUCUAAGACCGAUGCUACAUGACCAACCAUAACUUCCAGAUAAUUGUGCAGCAGAAAAACAAAGCACUCCAAACCCACCAAUCAUCACUAGUGACAUGUUAUUUAUUACAGUAUGUGAAAAUGUUACGCGGAAUAUUUGGUACAUUUCCCUUUUGCGGCAGGAUAAGAUAAAUAC